CCCUUUGCGGCUACAUGUUCACAUGGACGAGAAAAUCGUCACGUCUAUCCAAUGCACCGAAAAAACGGGUGCUGUGUGGGAUGUUCUUGAAAAAUGAAAGAUGGAAUCGUGUAUAAGACUCUCUAUGCAUGCAACAACAACGACAUCACACUAUCGCCGACGGUAGCCUAACCGCAUAAUACAUGUGUCAUGGGUUGUAGGCUGUGAAAUUGUCAGGUCAUGGUUGUCAUAUACUUAUGGUGAUUCUUUGAGAUGACAUUGACAGGGCUCUGUGUUGUGCAAUGGCAGAUUGUAAUUACAUGUAUGGGAAGUGAUUGAGGAAGCAGUAUAUUGAGUGGUAUUAAGAUGUUGAUAUGAAGAUGGAAUUGAACAGGAGGUUACAGAGAGUGGUAGAGGUGCUCCCAACAGGACCUGCCUCCCCAAUAUGGGACCUGGAUGGGACAGACUCACCAAUAGCGUCAGAAGCCUGUCCAAUGUCGUCCAUGUCAGAUCUGGUGUCAGCGGAGUCUAAUAUUGGGUGUUCCUCACCAGGCCUAUCCUCCUCAUCACUGUUACCUGAUCCGUGUUUAGGGGGUAUAGGUGACCUGGGUGAUGGACUUCACGGUGAUGGUGGGCUGUUUGACACAGCUCAGGUGAGCUGCUCGUUCUCUGUCCCACCCGACAAUUCUGUCACAUCGCUGGAUUCUAUGAGCACAGGGCUGGACCCUUGUGACGAUAGCAAUGACACACUGAAACACUCGGGAGUCUCGUACAAUUUGUCAGAAUGUAACACCGACAUCCUGGACUGUGUGAAGGAUACCUGUGAUAAAACACCGGCUAGUCUCGUUUUCUCUGACCAGUCCUCGUUGGCUGUUGGUGAAGACUUCGCCAAGAUAGAUGAUGGGUCAGUUGUAGAUGAUCUACACGAGUCGUCUUGUCUGGGGCUUUCAUCUGAUGGCACAUCUCAACAACUGCCCAGUACAUGUGAUAGCAUUCCAGUGGCAAUCAGUGCUACCAGCUCCGCUAAUUUGACUGGAUUUAACUUACCUAUGCUACUGUCUUCUCCAUCAGGCCAGCCUGUGGCAACUAGUGUAGCUGAAGGUCUCACUGUUAUCAACUUGAAUAUUCCACUUGUUGCAAGCUCUUGUGCGCAGUCAUCAAAUACUACCAAUAACUGUUCUCUUAUCAGGGUAGGUCAGCAAAAUCUGGCAUUUACAAACUUAGUUCUAUUACAAGGACCGACCCCUGGAGCACCUGUGGCUUCAACUAGCUUUACAGUCCCCUCAUGCAAUUUAGUGACAGCAUUACCAUGUUUGCGGCAGACUACCUCAAGCUUUGCUGGUCAGUACGUGCACGAGAGCCCUGGUCAGUCUGGUGUCCGUGUAACAGACCAACCAAUGUCCUCAGACACUAGUGAAGAACUGACCAAUGCUGUCUCUCUCCCAGUUAUUCUUAGCCCAGUGUCCACUGUCCCACCAGCAUUCCGGUUAGUGAGUUCUGUGUCUGAAUCCAACAAAACAGGCAGUACUGUUCACAGUCCCAUAUCCUCGCCUUAUGAAAACUCAUUUGAAAGCUCCAGUAGUGUGAAUGAGCAAAGUAUUGAAAUGGACACUAAUCGAUUCUUAAACUUAGAAACAGACUGUUUGCCUGGGUCUUCUCCUACUGUCUCUGAGGACAAGAGUACAGUGGCCAAUACUAACACCACAGAAGGUCAGACCUGCGACACUGGAGUGACAGCUAAAGGGAUAUCACCUCCUCCAGCCUCUUCAGCGGAUUUUUUAACUGUGAGAACACAAGAAGGUGGGACCAACAAAGGGCCAGAGUUAAGUGAGAAUCAGGUUUGUCCACAAGAUAAAACAAGUAUUAAGACGGAUGCAGAGCUGCGACCUGCAGAGACAUCAGGAGAAUUGCCUGGUGAGGCUCUCUCCCCUCAGGUGCCACAUGGGCCAAGUGCCACAAGCCUGUCGGUGACCAGUUUGGUACAGCUGAUUCCUGCUAAGAAGCCUCCCCACAUUUUCCGGUGUGACUUGUGCAGUGCCACUUUCAACCGUUUGGGGAACUAUUCUAGGCACAGGAUGAUCCAUACUGUUCAUGUUAAGGAUGACUAUCGGUACAAGUGUGAGCACUGUGAACGAAUGUUUCUACAGAAAUGUGACCUGAAACGACAUCAGCUGAUACACACUAAGGAAGAACCCUACAAGUGCUCUGUGUGUUCUAAAGGGUAUAUCAGACAAAGUGAUCUGCGGGUUCACAUGAGGUUUCACAAUCGAGAGAAAGUCUUCAAGUGUUCCUACUGUCCCAAGAAUUUCUAUCAGUCGGGAGAUUUAAACCGACAUGUGAGGUCAGUGCACCUUCAGACUAAGAUGCUGACAUGUGGACAUUGUGACCAACCGUAUGGGUAUGCUAAGGAAGCCACGCUGAUACGCCACAUGCAAACCAAGCAUAAAGACAUCAUCCGGCAGUCUUUAAAACAAAAGUUGGGGGCCAGUAUGGAUAGUGAUAAUACAGAGUCAGCUAAAGAAACUGGCAAGAAGGAAGCUGUGGAGGUCAGCUCAGCAGUACAAGUACCAUCGAGAUCUGCAGCUGUUGUUCCGAUACCUGCAGGGGGGAAUACCCAGGAGAGCUUGCGUCCCAUGGUGCCUGUGCAGAAUGGAUUAGGCACUAAUGCCCACUGCAACACCCAACAGACAGCACUGGGAAAUGAUUCGUCUGAGUGCCCAGUAGGGGAUGGGGACAGUCAGGCCACUCAUCAGAACUUACACCCCCCUGCUACUAUCGCUACACAUGAGAAAAUGAAGAUAUCUUAGCUUGUAUGUGACACUUGCCUUCUAAACCUCUCUAUUUAUACCUUGUAAUGAACAUAGCUUGUGUCUGCCACUUGCUUGCUAAACAUCUAUUUGUAUCUCUGCACUUGAGUAUGUUGUUAAACACAAAUCAAACAGAAAUAAAUAUUUUAAUUUAAAUAAAUUUAAAUCUUAUAAGCUGUUUGAAGAUCUUCAAGAAAUGAAGAAAGUUCAGAAAUAUAAUUUUAUGGAUGUAUUGUAUUAAUUUAAAAGUGUUUUUUUUUUGUGGCUAAUUUUGUGUUGAAAUAUUGUCCACGACUCUUACAAAAAGAAAUUAAUUUAUCCUGCCGUAUUUACAUUUUGUGAUGGACAUAUACUUGCACAUUAUAGAAUAUGGUUGUGCUUCACUGGAUAAACACAUGGAAAAUGAUGUAUUGUAAAUUGAAAUUUAUUGGUUUUGAUGAUAUAGCUAUGUCCCAUGUAUACCGUACAUCUAUCUCAAGAGCUGAAUCACCAUAAGGGCACACACAACCAUAGAAAAAAGAAAGAUAAUGAAAAGGAAGGAAAAACAUGAAAAUAUUGGCAUUGUUUGUGGGAUUUUAUUGACAGUAAGUCCACAACAGCAAUAAUGGGUUCCUUUGCACAAUCUUACGUUUGGUGGAUACUAUUACUCUUCCAUCAAUAUGUGUGGACAUGUUCCUCAGUAACUGCAAAAGUCAGAAAUUUUUUCCUGGACACUGUUCCUGUUUUCUUCCACUCAUGAAACUGACCGUCAGCAUUUAAGUAAAGAAUUUUGGAAUAUGGCUCUAAACAGCAACCAGAUAUUAUAUUUAUAAAGUGUGCCAUCAUUACAAAUUGCUCAGUGUUUAAUGGUUUUAUUAUCCUCUUGAUCUGAAACACAUUUGAGAGAUGGAUAGGUUUUUCAUAACAUACUUCUGUUAAAGGGAAAUAAGGAGCAACCUUAUUUUAAUUUUGUUCAGUAUUUUGACUUUUUGUAAAUGUAAUUUUUUUUUGUGUUUUUGCAAUUCAUAUACUUUGUACAGUGAAGCUAAUAGAUGACCUAUUGCCACUGUGGUAUACAUGAAUAAAAUAGAAACU